UAAGAAACAUACCUGAACCUGAUUUAUAUAAACUAAGCAUGCCAUUACUCUGUCCUUUCGCCUACCUUCCCUGGUUGAAAACCAUCCUUUGAUCAUCACCAUGGCAACACCGACAAGCAAAAAUGUUUUCUCAGCACUUGACAAAGCUAAGACACAAAGAUACCAUUACAAAGCAAUUGUAAUUGCUGGAAUGGGAUUCUUUACUGAUGCCUAUGAUCUCUUCUGCAUCACGGCCGUGGCGAAGCUUAUAGGCCGCCUUUACUACUAUGAUCCUACUAGUCAUGACCCUGGAAAGCUACCAAAGAAUGUGAACAACGCAAUAACAGGCGUGGCGCUGUGCGGAACGCUUGCAGGACAACUCUUCUUUGGCUGGCUUGGAGACAAGCUUGGUAGGAAAAAGGUUUAUGGAAUAACUCUUGUUACCAUGGUUGGUUGUGCUUUAGCAACAGGCCUUUCCUUUGGUUCCACAUCAAAAGGGGUGGUGGGAACUCUAUGCUUCUUUAGAUUCUGGCUAGGAUUCGGCAUUGGAGGAGACUACCCUCUUUCGGCCGUGAUAAUGUCCGAAUAUGCGAACAAGAAGACUCGAGGCGGCUUCAUUGCAGCCGUCUUUGCAAUGCAGGGAGUUGGAAUACUGGUGGCUGGAGGCGUAGCCAUGUUUGUCUCCCGUCUUUUCUUAUCAGCAUAUCCGGCUCAUGAUUUCGCAGCCGAUCCGGCUGCGUCUACUCAGCCUGAAGGAGACUUUCUGUGGCGAAUUGUGCUAAUGUUUGGUGCAUUUCCAGCAGCAUUAACAUAUUAUUGGAGAAUGAAAAUGCCAGAAACUGCGCGAUACACGGCCUUGGUGGAAGGAGAUCACAAGAAAGCUGUCCAAGAUAUGGAGAAAGUUCUAGAUAAGGACAUACCUUCAGAAGAAUCGAAUUACCGGCUUGACGACGCUGCGCCUAGCACCUCUUAUGGACUAUUCUCAUCAGAGUUUCUAAGCAGGCAUGGUUUACACCUUCUUGGAACAACCAGCACAUGGUUCUUGUUGGAUAUUGCAUUCUAUAGCCUUCAACUUGCACAGAAAGAUAUCUACCCUGUGAUUGGACUAGUACACAAGGCUUCCAAAAUGAAUGCCAUAAGAGAGGUUUAUGAACUCUCUAGAGCAAUGUCUGUCGUCGCCCUGCUCGCCACCGUGCCCGGAUACUGGUGCACUGUAUUCUUCAUUGACAAGAUUGGAAGGUACACAAUCCAGCUUGUUGGCUUCCUUGCAAUGUCUGUUUCUAUGUGGUUUCUUGGACACAAUUAUGGAGAAUACAGGGGACAAUCUAACUGCAGCCCGGCCGUAACGACCGAUUACUGUAACGGCAAGCCUCACAUGUUUGCUCUACUUUAUGGAGUUACCUUGUUCUUUGCUAACUUUGGACCCAAUAGUACAACUUUUAUAGUGCCGGCGGAGCUGUUCCCUGCUAGAUUCCGAUCGACCUGCCAUGGUUUAUCGGCCGCAGCUGGAAAAUCUGGAGCUAUAAUUGGUGCUUUUAUGGUCCAGGGUUAUAUUGAUAAUGCAGAUAACAAAACAGAGAGAAUGAAGAAAGCAAUCCUGGGACUUUCAGUUGUCAAUUUGAUUGGAUUCUUUUGCACUUUCUUGGUUCCGGAAACACGAGGUAGAUCGCUUGAAGAAAUUUCCGGUGAGGAUAAAGAAUUCCAUAGUGUUAUUGUAGAUGAUCCAGAUAUGAAAACAGAUGAUGAAACAAAGGAAGAAAGAAAUGCCAGUAUUGAUGAUUCUUCAGGUACCCUAACAGUUUAACUCCUUGGCAACCGAGAAGCAUCAUCAAGUGAGGGAAAAAAAAAAAGAAAAGGAAAAAGAAAGAAAUAAGAGUGCAUUGGUAAUGAAUAGAAUAAGUGCUUCCAUGUUUGUACAAAGUGUAGUUCUCAAUUUCUGUCCUAGCCAAUACUAAAAAGAACCAAAAGAAUAAUUAAUGUCUGUUUUCUAGAGCUGCUAGAAUAAGCAAUUAUCUGGUGUCUGUUACUGUGUAUUCAAGCUCUCUCAUUUUAUUCUAGCACCUCUAAAGUACUCAAAAGAAAUAAUGCUUCUUGC